AUGGACCAACGUGCCCCCGGAGAACUAAACUGGCGCCUCAGCGCGCAUCCAGUGACUCUGUUAUUCUUCCUUGGCUUUCGCAUUGGGAGUUUAUUAAUGUAUCUUUUCGGUCUUUUAUUCAUCAAUAGCUUCGUCCUCGUCUUUAUCCUAACCCUUCUCCUCCUCUCCGCCGACUUCUACUACCUCAAAAACAUCGCCGGCCGCCGCCUUGUCGGGCUCCGUUGGUGGAAUGAAGUUAACACCGCGGACGGCAAUUCCCACUGGGUAUUCGAAAGCUCAGACCCAAAUACACGAACUAUUAAUGCUACAGAUAAACGUUUCUUCUGGCUCGGUCUGUACGCUACUCCUGCUCUAUGGAUUUCUCUAGCCAUCCUUGCCAUUAUACGGCUGCAGAGUGUCAUUUGGCUGAGUUUAGUUGCAAUUGCACUUAUUCUUACGAUCACGAAUACUGUGGCGUUCUCACGAUGUGACCGGUUCAGCCAGGCGUCGAACUUUGCAAGCAGUGCUUUGUCCGGCGGGAUUGCGAGUAACUUCGCAUCUGGGAUGAUAGGGAGGAUUUUUCGAUAG